AUGCUGGUGGCCGAGACGACGUGGAUGGACACGGGAAGCUACCCGCACCGCUAUCUCUACGUGGCGUUUGCUAUUUUCCAGUGUUUUCUGGGCGCUGGAAUCAUCUUCGGCUGGACAUCACUGGUGCCCAUGCUGGAGAAAGAGAGAAUAUAUAACGAGUUGUGCAAGAAUGGAGAAACAAUUUGCACGGCGCAAAGCGAUCGUCUCCAGUAUGCAUUCACGAUGGCAGUCUCCAGCAGCAUGUGGUCCAAUCUUCUGCUCGGCCUUGUAUUUGACAGAUUCGGACCCCGAGUAACGAAAUCAAUUUCGUUGGUGCUGUUGAUAACAGGCGCGUUGCUCAUGGGAAAUGCGCGUUAUAGGGAAAACUCAGAAGGACACAACUUGUUGCUCUACGGAAUGGUGCUUGUCGGGUUCUCUGGUCCAGGAGUCCAGCUCUCUGGUAUUCACAUGUCCAAUUUGUUCCCCGAGGCAACGGCACUCGUUGCGUGUUUCAUUGUUGGAGGUCUUCAGCUGAGCUUCUUGAUCUUCACCCUGUUUGAUCUCGCGUACGUGCAUGUCGGGAUGUCUAUGGCUGCAGUUUUAGAGGUCUAUGCGGGAGUAGUAUUCCUCUCGCUCGUUGGUACGUUGCUAACGGAGCCGGACACACCGUUCGAGGUGGUUCCAAGCGAAGAACACGAACUGCUCUCUCCCAUGCGUCUGCCGUCCGUGUUCAAGGAAGAAGAGACCUCGCUCCUGCUAUCGACACCCGAGCUGGACAAAUACCGCAGACGUCACCGCUUGCCGACCGACGAGGUUUUCUUCGACGGAGAUCUGCACAACCGCUCGUUUCGAACGCAAGUUUUGUCCAAACCGUUCUUACUCGUGGUGUUCUACUUCUCCAUCCUGUCGCUCUGGUGCAACUUCUUCCUGGGCAGUAUCACUGGACUGUUGCGUUGGAAGGGGUUACCAGAGAGCGAAGUGGCCAGCUUGCUGGCUAAGUUAGCCUUUGUCCUACCAAGCAGCGUGAUCUUCAUCCCUUUCGUAGGAUACCUGUUAGAGAAAUGCGGAUAUACGUACUCGUCGGUGCUGUGCACGGUGGUGGCUCUGUGUUUCACCGUGCUGCUUAGUAGCAUGUCGAGUGGGUGGAUAGUGGCAGGCUUCGUGGCUUACGCGUUCUUCCGGACCAUCAUGUUCCCUCUGUUGUUCGCGUACUUGGGACACCGCUUUGGCUUCCAACACUACGGAGCGUUGUCGGGUAUCGCGUUCUGCAUUGGGGGUAUCGUGGGGCUACUGCAGACGCCAAUUGCUGCCAUCGAGGACUUCCAGACUAUCGGCUAUGUGCAGGUUCGUGACUUCGUUACCCUGCUUCUCACCCUCGUGGCCCCCUACUUUGAGCGGCAGCGUGACGCGUACUACUAG